GAUCCAUAUGAAGUCAAUCCCUGGACUUCUAAUGACAUGGAAAUUAGCUCCAUGUAGCCAAUUUCCUCAGGCAUCGAGAUUGGGUACUUUUGUUCCGUCGGUGAUUUAAUGUACUGAAGCUGGCAGUUCGAGAUACAUCUGUGAAUAUAUGUGCACCAACGGACCUUUGUUACUUUUCGUUUUUUUUGCAGCACCUGAACUAGUCAGGAAGCUCCAUAUCCGACUGUUCACUACGAGAUGAAAAGGAACGGCGCAUACAGAUUUUUAUCAGUUUUCUCCUGCUUCAUUGUGUGCAUUUUCCUCUUUUUGUUCUGGUUCUUUAUAUUUUACGCAAUGGUACUUGCACCGUGAUACGUUGUGUAGCGGCUAAGCUAAUCUGACCGGCUAUUUACCCAUACUGCAUUGCUUUAUUGACAAGUCCGACGAUCACAUGAUCACCUCGACCAGGAAGUAAGGAUUUCUGCCUGUGUAACUUGGCUGUGCUAUCUGUUUGUGAAGUCACAAUGGCAUCUGGCACCAGUGAAGCAGGGUCUUCAGAUCUCAAGUUGCAGUUUGCUCCCUUCAGCAGCGCUCUGGAGGCAGGCUUUUGGCACCAACUUACUCAGAAGAAACUAAAUGAUUACAGGUUGGAUGAGAGUCCCAAAUGUAUCAAAGGAUACUAUUACAAUGGUGACCCUGUUGGUCUACCCACUCGCCUGACUUUGGAGUUCAGUGCAUUUGAUGUUGAUGGUCCCACCCCUGUACGCUGUUGUCCAGCUAUUGGAACGCUGUAUAACACCAACACACUAGAUGCCUUUAAGGCAACUGAUAAGAAGGCUUUGUUGGAGAAAGAAGCUAAGGAGAUAUGGGAUGCUAUAGAGUCUGGGACUGCGCUAAAGGACCCAUCUAUCCUGUGCAGAUUCAUUCUGCUCACCUUCGCUGAUUUGAAGAAAUACCAUUUCUAUUACUGGUUCUGCUUCCCAGCUCUUUGCUUCUCAGAAGGGAUUAAGAUUGUUCAGCAGCCUUCUGUCCUUGAACAAGUUUUUUCAGCAAAACAGAUCGCAGCCCUACAGGAGGCCUAUGAUGACCUGUGUAUCAAAAGAGGGACCACUGCAGUUCCUUACUUCCUAAUGAAGUACACAGAUGACACUGUUCGCAUGGCUCCACUAGGAGACUGGGAGGCUUUCUUCACUGAUACUAAGAAGGUAACUGUGGGUGUCUACGAUCCCUGCACUCUCUCCCAACAUCCUGGCUGGCCUCUGAGAAAUCUACUCAUCCUCUUAGCAUACCGAUGGGGGUCUAAGCUGGAUACAGUGGAGGUGCUGUGCUUCAGAGACAGAACAAUGCAGGGAAGCCGCUCCAUCCAUCACAGCGUCAUCUUUCAGGUCAAACUGCCUACAUUUGCUCCAAACUCAGCGUGUCCUAAGAGUGUAGGCUGGGAAAAGAACCCGAAGGGGGCCAUGGGACCCAGGAUGGUCAACCUCAGUGAAUGCAUGGACCCGAAAAGGCUGGCAGAGUCAUCAGUGGACCUGAAUCUGAAGCUGAUGAGAUGGAGACUGGUUCCUUCUCUGGACCUGGACAAAGUGAUCAACACAAAAUGUCUGUUGCUGGGUGCAGGUACCCUGGGCUGCAAUGUAGCAAGGACUCUCAUGGGAUGGGGAGUGAGACACAUCACAUUUGUGGACAAUGCAAAGAUCUCAUACUCCAAUCCAGUUCGGCAGCCGCUCUAUGAGUUCGAAGACUGCCUCGGUGGAGGGAAAUCCAAAGCCAUGGCAGCUGUUGAAAGACUUACUAAGAUCUUUCCUGGUGUGAAUGCAGAGGGUUACAAUAUGAGCAUCCCCAUGCCAGGUCACCCAGUAAACUUCUCACAGACUACACUUUCUCAGGCUCAGAGGGAUGUCGAACAGCUUGAGAAGCUCAUUUCUGAACAUGACGUGGUCUUCUUAUUAAUGGACACGAGGGAGAGUCGCUGGCUGCCUACAGUGAUAGCAGCCAGCAAGAGGAAGCUAGUGGUAAAUGCUGCCCUAGGGUUUGACACAUUCGUAGUGAUGCGUCAUGGUUUGAAGAAACCUCUCGUCAGUCAGAACGCUCCUGCAGCUGCCGACUCCUCCACCUCCUGUUCAUCUGCUUCUUCCUCGUCUUCCACACCAGCCGGCUCUGCACCCUCCGUCCCAGGAUCCUCUCUGUUCUCCAACAUCCCAGGGCACAAACUGGGCUGUUAUUUCUGCAAUGAUGUUGUGGCACCUGGAGAUUCAACCAGGGAUCGGACCCUGGACCAACAGUGCACAGUGAGCAGACCAGGUCUAGCCAUGAUUGCUGGUGCCCUUGCAGUCGAGAUGAUGGUGUCCAUCCUGCAACACACUGAAGGAGGCUACGCAGUGGCCAGUAGCAGUGAUGACAGAAUGAAUGAACCUCCUACCUCCCUGGGUCUAGUGCCACAUCAGAUCCGAGGUUUUCUGUCGAGGUUUGACAACGUCCUACCUGCCAGCCUGGCCUUUGACAAAUGCACUGCCUGCUCACCCAUUGUGUUGGACCACUAUGAGAGGGAGGGCUUCCAGUUCCUGUCCAAAGUUUUUAAUUCUUCCCACUCGUUCCUCGAAGAUCUGACGGGGCUGACACUGUUGCACCAGGAGACGCAGGCUGCAGAGAUUUGGGAUAUGAGCGACGAUGAAAGCAUCUAAAGGACUGGAAAAAUAAAACCUGCACCAAUGAGGAUGGAAACAUCAGAUCCAUUCAGUCAGUUCAUCCCUCCAUUUUUCUACUAUUUUUUUUGUCUUUUUUGGAACUUAUUUCACAUGCACACUCUGCAGACAAACUGAUAAAUAUGGAUUAAAUAAACACAAAUAAAAAUCCAUGCAAAAAAAAAAAAAAAAAAACACACAGCUGAGAGGCUUUAGAGCAUUCUGUUUCUGUCCUUAAAACCCAAGUCUGUUGGAUACGACAUCGACCAAAGAGUCGGACCAGUCACUCUUACUGCGAAAACACUGAGUGAAUGUUUUUAACAACAUGAUCGAGGCUUUAAAAAGCAGCUACUGUUGUGUUUAAAGCAGAAUGUACCUGAUCCUAUGACAUAAUAACCAGUAAUGUUUACAUACUUACACAUCGGAGUCUGAAGGAGAACAAAGUUUUGUUUUUUUUGUAAAGUGUAAAAAUGGUCACAUGUUGGGUCCAUCUUGUAGUCUCUCCAUCAUCACAUUAAAUGCAUUUGCUGAAGAGUCUUUGGCAGGACUCUGCUUUAUUACAUCUGCUCACUCGUUCAGUUGAGAAAAGAGUUUGGGAUGAAUUACGAAAAUACAAAAACACUGGACGACUCAGCAGAUGCAUCCGUCUCACCGUCUGUUUACUGGAGACACUUAAUACUGAAACCAGCUCCACUCCUGUCACUGAAUCACACACACAGAUGUUACUGUACGCUGUCACCAAAUACUCCAUUUACUGUAGAAAAACCUGUUUACUCUGCACAGUCGGGUGUUGAUGCAUGUAUGUGUUCUUUUUUUUUUUUUUGUCGGUGUGAUGAAAUGUACGCUUUAUCAUCAGGUUGCAUAUUCGUGGGAGAGAAUUUCUGUUCUGUUGUUUCAAAAUUUAAGUGUUUUCACCAAGAAGUAUGCAUAUUUCCAAAUAAACCUCAAUAAUCUGAGUUCUCAACAGUCGU